GAGAGUGGGCCCCUCACUGGGCCGUGAGAGCUUCGCCAGGCCCCCGCCUUCCCGCACGCCCCGCCCCCGGCCCGCCCAAAGCGGGCUAUAAAUUCCCAGAGCUCCCAGUCCCCACCGUGCCUGCUGCCAGUGGUCCGCCCCUGGAGGGUCCUGCCACCAGUCGGAGGAGCCACCGCCACCACCUGCCCAUGGCUGAGGAUCUGGUUCUAGAGAGAUGCGACCUGGAGCUGGACGCCAAUGGCCGAGACCACCACACAGCCGACCUGUGCCGGGAGAGGCUGGUGGUGCGGAGGGGCCAGCCCUUCCGGCUGACACUGCACUUUGAGGGCCGAAACUACGAGGCCAGUGUGGACAGCCUCACCUUCAGUGUGGUGACUGGCCCUGCCCCCAGUGAGGAGGCCGGGACCAAGGCCCGGUUCCCGCUGUCUGAUGCUGUGGAAGAGGGUAUCUGGAGGGCCGAGGUUGUGGACCAGCAGGGCAGAGCCCUCUCGCUGCAGCUUAGCGCUCCGGCCAAUGCCCCCAUUGGCCUGUACCGCCUCAGCCUGGAGGCCUCCACUGGCUACCAGGGCUCCAGCUUCGUGCUGGGCCACUUCAACCUGCUCUUUAACACCUGGUGCCCAGAGGAUGCUGUGUACCUGGACUCAGAGGAAGAACGGCAGGAGUACGUCCUCACCCAGCAGGGCUUCAUCUACCAGGGCUCAGCCAAGUUCAUUAAGAGCUCACCUUGGAACUUUGGACAGUUUGAAGAUGGGAUCCUGGACAUCUGCCUGAUGCUCCUGGACGUCAACCCCAAGUUCCUGCGGGAUGCUGGCCGGGACUGCUCCCGCCGCAGCAGUCCUGUCUACGUGGGCCGGGUGGUGAGCAGGAUGGUCAACUGCAAUGAUGACCAGGGUGUGCUGCUGGGACGCUGGGACAACAACUAUGGGGAUGGCAUCAGCCCCAUGUUCUGGAUCGGCAGUGUGGACAUCCUGAGGCGCUGGAAGAACCACGGCUGCCAGAAUGUCAAGUAUGGCCAGUGCUGGGUCUUCGCCGCUGUGGCCUGCACAGUGCUGCGGUGCCUCGGCAUCCCCACCCGAGUUGUGACCAACUAUAACUCGGCCCACGACCAGAACAGCAACCUGCUCAUCGAGUACUUCCGCAAUGAGUACGGGGAGAUCCAGGGUGACAAGAGUGAGAUGAUCUGGAACUUCCACUGCUGGGUGGAGUCGUGGAUGACCAGGCCGGACCUGCAGCCGGGGUACGAGGGGUGGCAGGCCCUCGAUCCAACACCCCAGGAGAAGAGCGAAGGGACAUACUGCUGUGGCCCGGUUCCAGUUCGUGCCAUCAAGGAGGGCGACUUGAGCACCAAGUACGAUGCACCUUUCGUCUUUGCUGAGGUCAAUGCCGACGUGGUGAACUGGAUGCAGCAGGAAGACGGGUCCAUGCACAAGUUUGACAACCAAUCACUGGUGGUGGGACUGAAGAUUAGCACUAAGAGCGUGGGCCGCGAUGAGCGGGAGGACAUCACCCACACCUACAAGUACCCAGAGGGUUCCCUGGAGGAGAGGGAAGCCUUCACGAGGGCCAACCACCUGAACAAGCUGGUUGAUAAAGAGGAGGCAGGGGUGGCCAUGCGAAUUCGAGUAGGCCAGAGCAUGAACAUGGGCAGUGACUUUGACGUCUUUGCCUACAUCACCAACAACACGGCCGAGAUACACGCCUGCCGCCUCAUGCUCUGUGCCCGCACGGUCAGCUACAAUGGGAUCCUGGGGCCUGAGUGUGGCACCAAGGACCUGCUCAACGUUUCCCUGGAGCCCUUCUCUGAGAAGAGCAUUCCCCUCCGAAUCCUUUAUCAGAAGUACUGUGACUGCCUGACAGAGUCGAAUCUCAUCAAGGUGCAGGGCCUCCUCAUGGAGCCCGCUGCCAACAGCUACGUGCUGGCUGAGAGGGACAUUUAUCUGGAGAAUCCAGAAAUCAAGAUCCGGAUCCUGGGAGAGCCCAAGCAGAAUCGCAAGCUGAAGACCGAGGUGUCCCUGCGGAACCCACUCUCCCUGCCCCUGACAGGCUGUGCCUUCACUGUGGAGGGGGCCGGCCUGACCAAGGAGCAGAAGGUCGUGGAGAUCCCAGACCCCGUGGAGGCAGGAGAGGAAGUCAAGGUGAGGGUGGACCUGCUGCCCCUCCACGUGGGCCGCCACAAGCUGGUGGUGAACUUUGAGAGCGACAAGCUGAAGGCUGUGAAGGGCUUCAGGAACGUCAUCAUUGGCCCUUCCUAAGGGGCCCCUGUGCCAGCCCCACCUCGGCCAGCCGAGGCCCCUAGAUAGAUCCUAAUCGUUAUACCAUGCUAACAAGCAGAGUUGUCCCUUCUUGGGCCCCUGACCCAGGGCAGGGUGGGCUGCCUCUGGUUACUCUUUGGAAUGGAAUGUACUUCUGGCCCAUCCUGUCCCCAAGAGCCUGUUUCCUCAUCCCCUUACCUGUGAGGAAUGUUCUGUACCUCCACUGACCUUGGCUGACUGGGCCUGGGGCAGGGCAGGAGGGACUCCCACCUCCCUUUGCAUCCCAGAUGCCAUUUGGAAAGUCACUACCCACCUGCCAAAUUGUUUAACCUACUCCAGAGCUCCUUGGAGCAGGUGAAAAAGAGACAGUGUGCUCACUGGCUGGGUCAAGGAGCUCAGCUCCCUAGCAUGUCCUGUGCCUCUUCCCCAGGGGCCCUUGGGAGAGCCGGGGCAGGUGCAGCUGGCGAGGGGCCAGGGACAGCCAGACCCAGGGUCCCCAUGUCCCGGCAGCCCUGGCCCAAGAGCCCCCACCCGCCUACCACUGUGAAGCACCUACUAAGUGCCAGGUGCUUCCUGGCGCUCAUAUGGCCAUCAGCACAUUUAAUUGCCACGGAAGCUGCAGAGUGGGAUCUGCCCCCUCACUUCGGCAGGCUCAGAGAAGGCGUGGGCUCGAGAACAUUUGCAAGGCUAGGUGAUGUGAGGGCUCGGGAACAGAGCCCAGGCCAUCUGACUCCGAGUCCAGUGCCUGUUCAUGACAUCAUCCCUGACCUGAAGAUGUCAAAAGAGGCCAUUUGGGACCUGAACAAAAAGACCCAGUUGGGGCAGGGAAGUGGGAAAGGCAGUGGAGUGGUCACAGCCCUGGGUUCGAGUCCAGCCAGCCACUGUCUUCUCCUCUCUGGGUUCAGCAUCCUCACUGGUCAUAGGAGUGGUUGAACCAGCUCAUCUCUAAGGCCUCUCAAUUCUGUAGUUCUGAUGCCUUACAUGACCUGGCCUGGCAAAUGACAGUGAGUCCUACUCCCUGGCUCCUUAGACCACAGGCCCAGGAUGUUUCUGAGCCUGACCUAUGACCAUGGCCACCCCCCAGCCUCAGCCCUGUCCAGGUUCCCCACCUGUGCCAAAGCACCUUCCUUCUGACCCCGGUUCUAGGGGAAAAGAGCCCCAGGGCCCCUGUCCCACCCAUGAGCCUGCCUGCCACACUGCCUAGACUUCACACAAGCCUCAGCUAACUGCACUGGCCACUAGCCAACAAGGUCGGCACCUCAGGCACUCCAUCUUUGCAGGGUCGGGGCCCUAGAACACAGCCCUCACCCCUGAGUUGUCAUCUCUGACUGUAUCCCUCCUCUCUGCACACGGCUGGGCCCCCUCUGGCUAGAAGAGGGAAGGUGGUAGAAUUCUCUAUCUGGGGUUGGGUCACAGCCUCCCAGGGCCCCUGAAUCCCAGAGAAGGACUUGGAGUAUCACACUGGUGCACUCAGAACUUUCUGCACUUCCCAGGAACGAACCACACAAUGAGCCGACAUGUAUAUAUUCCCAAAAAUAUCACUGUUUCUUCAUGGUUUUAUAAACGCUUUUGGGUUCCAAGCAGGCAUUAGAUGUGCUUUUGAGCCACGGGGAGUGAGCACUGAAAUAAAAGGGUUUAUUUUUCACAUUCAAACAA